UCUCCACCACCGUUCUAUUUUGAUGUUGGAAACAAAAAACACAAAUUCCGUCACUCUUUUUCCGUAGUAUGUUUGGGUGAGAAGAAAUGCAGAGCGGAGAAACAUAGCAUAGGAACAGAUUAGGAGCGGUGUGAGUGGAAGUAGGAAUUAUGAGGGAGCUGAGAGACCUACCUUCACAAUAAUAAUAAUAAUAAGGGAUAAUGUCUUCAAAUUGCCUUCAAAAUUGUUUGGUCCCUAACUCAAAACCUCAACCUUCCCCUUUCCCUUGCCAUUGCAAUAAUACCUCUUUCUACUUCAAUCUUAUUCGAUGUCCACAGCCGCCAAUUCUUCGUCUUUACUUGAGUUCUGCGCCACCUGUUCCGCUUGCUGCUGCUCGGUCAAACUCAAACGGAGCCGAAGAAGAAGAAUGUGAAGCUAGGGAGGCUGUCAGCUAUUAUCUUCAACAACUUGGCCUUUCUAAUGAGGAAUCCAUGGAAAUAGCCCUCAACUCGCCCAACUACCUUACCAUGUUGAUACACGGCGUCCGUGACCUCGAUGACUUUUCCUUAUGGAAUUCCUGGACCACCACUACCCAUGAAAAACAACAACAACAACAACCAUAUCUUCCACCUUUCAAGAGGAAGGUCUACCUCAUCGCAAAACAAAAAGGUGAUAACGGCAUCAUUCCCUUCUUGGAGAGUAUUGGCCUCACUCUCUCUUCCGCAACCCACUUAGCUCGCUAUCUUUCCUCUCAGACACUGCCUAACCUUAUCAAUAAGGUUAAGUAUGUGAGGAAAAUAUUCUUCGCAAACAGCGAUGAUGGAGGACUUAUUGCUAGAAAUGCCCGGCAAAUGAUGAUGCACUUGUCCAUCAGUAUUGAUGACGAUGUCCAGCAGACCUUGUCAUUUUUUGAAAAGAUUCAAGCAAGACGUGGAGGUCUACAUUUGUUAGGUUCUCAAGAUUCAUCUUUCCGACAUCUUAUUGAAUCAUUUCCACGACUUCUAUUACUACCUGGAGAGAGUCAUAUGAAGCGUCUGAUGGUAUUUCUUGAUGAUAUUGGAGUGGUGGAAGGAUGUAAGAGACAAAUUCUUCUUUUGUUUCCGCCUAUUAUUUUCUAUGACAUUGAAAAGGAUGUUAGACCAAGAUUGCAGGCGAUCCUUAAGGAUGGUAUUGAGGGAAAAGACUUUGGGCAGAUGUUGCUGAAAUAUCCAUGGAUUCUUUCAAGGAGCAUUCUGCAAAACUACGAGAACAUUCUGAGUUUCUUUGAUGAUGAAAAGGUGCCAAAAAUUUGUGUAGCUCAGGCAAUCAAAAGCUGCCCGCUCCUUUUGGGGUUGUCGGUGAACAAGCUGAAAUUGGUUGUGGAACAGUUGCGUAACUUCGGCAUUAGAAACCAGAAGUUGGGCAAGGUGAUAGCUACAAGUCCUCAGCUACUACUGCAGAAGCCUCAGGAAUUCCAUCAGGUAGUAUGCUUCUUAAGGGAUCUAGGUCUGGAUGAUGAUAUUAUUGGUAGGAUACUUGGUCGCUGUCCUGAAAUUUUUGCAUCGAGCAUCGGGAGAACUCUUAAGAGGAAACUCAAUUUCCUAAUUGGUAUUGGAGUUUCCAGAAGUCAUCUUCCCAGGAUUGUCAGGAAAUAUCCCGAGUUUUUUGUAUGCGACAUCCACAGAGCUUUACGUCCAAGAAUGACAUACUUGAUGCAUGUUGGGCUUUCAAAGAGGGAAGUAGCACUAAUGGUUAGCAGGUUUUCACCAUUGCUUGGCUACAGCAUAGACGAAGUUCUCAAGCCUAAGGUAGAAUUUCUGAGGAACUCAAUGGGAAAACCAAUAAGUGAUUUAGUUGAAUACCCAAGAUAUUUCAGCUACUCUUUAGAGAAGAGGAUAAAACCUAGAUUUUGGGUGCUCAAGGGUAGAAACAUGGAAUGCAGCUUGAAAAGUAUGUUGGGUAAAAAUGAUGAAGAAUUUGCUGCGGAGUUUGGCGAGGCGAAGAUGCUUGUUCCCCCACUUUAAUCCUGCUACUUCUUCUCAAGAUUCAAGUAGAUGCGCGAAUCAAUUGAUGGCUGGUGGUGCAUGUGCACAGGUUACUUGUUUAUUUUCCUUGUGAAUAGCUAGUAUCAGAUCACAUUAUUCUUUCUGUCCUACGUUCGUGCUUCACCAUUGAGCAUAUUUGAGAAUAUAAGCUCAAAAUUGUCCCUUAUCUAUGACUGCAGAUUCAAAGUCAUCCCUCUUUUUCACAUGGAGCACAAAUAGUCUUCCAUGUUUAAAAUAUGAAUUGCUACACUUUUUUAAGUACAUUUUUAACA